CCCGCGGCGAGCACUGACGUGCGCGCGUCGUGGUGACCGGCCUGCGUUCCUUCCACUUCCUCCUCGGCCCUCGCCAGAACAGCGGGAGAUCUCGGAAUCGCGGGAGGCCGUCCUCCGGUUCCCGGAUCGAGAGGAUCGGAGGCUCGGAGCAGAACCCGAUCGCCUAGCCGACGCGGGGAAGCGAGGCGGCGUGGCGCGGGGAGACGAUGGCACCGGUGGUGUCGGCGCUGGCCAAGUACAAGCUCGUGUUCCUCGGCGACCAGUCCGUGGGGAAGACCAGCAUCAUCACCAGGUUCAUGUACGACAAGUUCGACACCACCUACCAGGCUACGAUUGGCAUUGACUUUUUGUCAAAGACGAUGUAUCUUGAGGACCGCACUGUUCGUCUACAGCUUUGGGAUACUGCGGGACAGGAGAGAUUUAGGAGUCUUAUUCCAAGCUACAUCAGGGACUCAUCUGUUGCAGUGGUUGUUUAUGAUGUAUCCAAUAGGCAGUCUUUUCUGAACACCUCAAAAUGGAUCGACGAAGUCCGCACCGAGAGGGGUGGUGAUGUGAUUGUCGUGCUCGUUGGGAACAAAACUGAUCUUGUCGACAAGAGACAAGUGUCCACAGAGGAAGGGGAGAGCAAGUCGAAAGAACUCAACGUUAUGUUCAUCGAAACCAGCGCGAAAGCCGGGUUCAACAUCAAGCCGCUGUUCCGCAAGAUCGCCGCGGCGCUGCCGGGGAUGGAGACGCUCUCGUCGGCGAAGCAGGAGGACAUGGUGGACGUGAACCUGAAGCCGACCUCCAGCCACCAACUCGCAGCAGCAGGCGGGGAGUGGAUGCGCAUGCUAGAAACAGCGCUAGCUCUGCACAUACGCUCGCCUGACAGAGGUGUUGAUACUGUUACGCAGUUUUUCGGUAGUGUUGAUACUGCCCUUUAAUUUCCUGAUGCUUCUUCUGUAGUGAACCUGAAGGUCCAUCUUUAGUUUGCUUUUUUUUUUCAUUUCCAUCUCGAUUUUGUGUACGGCGAAAGACCAUAUGAUUUCUUACAGUUUCAUGUGUCCUGCUCUGUA